AUGUCUCUUGAACGCGUCGACUCGGUUGACCCUACGGAGGUCUACGACUACAUUAUCUGCGGUGGUGGCACAUCAGGCUGCGUGAUAGCAGGCCGUCUCGCGGAAGACCUCAAUGCCAAAAUUCUGGUCCUAGAAGCCGGACCUGACAAUGCCGAUCUUGAGAAUGUACAUAUGGCAGGAGGAUGGAGCAAGAAUUUCGACAGCGAAACAGACUGGAACAUCGUCACAGAGCCCAUGCCCAAGGUCGACAACAGGCAGGUCAAAGUCAGCAGAGGGCGCUUCCUUGGUGGAUCGAGUGGUGUUAACGGCACGCUUUGUAUACGGGGUACGAAGCAGGAUUAUGAUGAUUGGGGGAUGGACGAGUGGACUGGGGAUAAGAUGUUUGAGUACAUGAAGAAGUCUGAGACCUUUCAUGAGAAAGACUGGCAUAAAGCUGAUAUGUCGGUCCAUGGGACGUCAGGACCUCUGCACACCGAACCCCAUGACCUAGCACCCAUCUCUGAACGCGUCAGAGAAAGCCUUGUGGACCAGGGCCUUCCUUACCACGCCGACAUGUUUUCGACUGGAGAGACGCCACAUGGAUGUGGAGACGUACCACGAACAGUGCAUCAAGGUAUCCGAAGUACAGCUGCCGACUUCAUCACCAAGGGCUAUCGACGGGAAAACAUUACAAUAAAGACUGAAGUAACUGUCGACAAGCUGCUCUUCAGCCAAGACUCCAGAGAACUCACAGCAACCGGUGUUGCUACCAUAACGAAGACCGGCAAAAAGAUCGAUUACCAAGCCAGAAAAGAAGUCAUCGUCGCAGCAGGCGCAUACUGCAGUCCACCAAUCUUGAUGCGUUCAGGUCUUGGGCCAAAAGAACAGCUAGAAAAGCAUGAUAUCGAGUGUCUCGUCGACCUACCUGGUGUAGGAGGAAACUUGAUGGAUCACAUCCUCUGCUUCAUCUUCUACGAAGUCUCCGAGCCCAACCUAACAAACGAUCACCUCGCCUACCAUGACAACGCCAUAGCAUCAACCUACGCUCUCUACCAAGAAAAGAAAACCGGAAUCCUCUCCACCUUCCCCUUCGGCAUAUUCGGCUACGCCCGCCUCGACGAACGCCUCGCCGACUCCCCCCUCUGGACCAACGCACCCCGUGCCCCAGGCCGCGACCCCAUGGGCCUCACCCCCUCGCAACCCAACAUCGAGUUCUGGAACACCGAACUCUACGGCGGGCCCAAGCAAUACGCUGAUUUCCCAGUCGACCAUAAACAAGCGUUCGCCAUGUGCGCUUUGUUGUUUAACCAGCAUAGCAGGGGGAGCGUGAAGUUGAAGAGCAAGGACGCGACGGAGAACCCCGUGGUGGACCACGCGUAUCUUGAGGACCCGCUCGAUAUGCUGGUCAUGAGUGAGGCGUGUCGGUUUGCUAACGAAAUUAUCAUGAAGGGCAAGGGAACGAAGGAUGUUAUUAAAGGGAGUUGGCCAGAGGGGUUGGCGCAUCAUGAGUUUAAGAGUAGGGAAGAGUGGGAGCCGCAUGUUAGGGAACAUGCUACGACUUGCUACCACGCAUCAGGUACCUGCGCGAUGGGUAAACCGGACGAUCCAAAUGCCGUUCUCGACUCGCGACUUCGUGUCCGUGGUGUAAGGAAUUUACGUGUCGCGGAUGUGUCUUCUAUCCCCAAGGUGAACAAUGGACAUACGCAGAUGGUGGCGUACGGGAUAGGGGAGGGGGCUGCGGAGAUGAUUAAAGAGGAUGCUAGGAAUGCUGAGAGUAACUUUCUGAAGCUUACGGCUGACGUUAAGAGUAUGGCGGUUUAA